AUGCUCCCCACCGGUUCCCCGAAAGCCCGCCCUGUCUCCGGCGUGGUCCCACCGUAUUGGCAGCGCCAUGAGCGCGGUUCGUCGCGCGCGUCGCAGGCAUCGCUCCGGUCCACGCUUAUCACGCUAGAGGACCAUACGGCUGACCCGGACUCGGAGACGAGUCGGGGGCUGUGGGCGCGGAGCGUCACCAUUGACGAUCAUGUGGUGGGUGGCCCGAUGGUUGUUCGUAUGAGAUACUCCGAAUUUGAUGAUCUACGACAGCGGCUAGUCUUAUCUUUCCCGCAUGCGAAAAAUGCCCUUCCUGCUUUGCCGCCUAAAAGCGUUUUAUUCAAAUUCCGCCCUGACUUCCUUGAACAACGACGGGCCGGAUUGGAAUAUUUCCUCAACUGUGUUCUUCUGAACCCAGAGUUCUCAAGCUCCCCUGUCGUGAAAGACUUUCUCUUCGGUCGACUUUCCUAA